UGCAUGCCUGGGUCUUUGACUUGUUGCAGAAAUUUAGAGGAAGUGAACCCUUAGCAGAGAUGUCUCAGGCAAUUGCAGAAGAAUUAAGGCACCUUGCUAGCUUAGCUGAAAGCAAUACUGUCACUGAUGACUAUUUAUUGUUUCGCGUGGAUAUUUUGAAUGAGAGGCUACUGCAUUUAGCUGCAGACACGGAUAGUGAAGCUGACCCAUUAGUUCUCCAGAUUCUGGAGGAGGUGGCGUGUCGCUUGCACAAGUCUGUGUACCACACAAGAACUGCUGGGAGACCUGGAUAUUUGCUGCCCGCUGAUGCCUUGGAGUCGUUUUUGCUUGUGGGUCUGUCAGUAAAGGAUAUUGCGGAACUUUUUGGGGUCAGUGAAAGAACAGUUCACCGGCGGAUGGCAGACUAUGGUGUUAGAGUAUCGGAUUUAUUCAGCAACAUCGGAGAUGAUGAGUUGGAUGGAGUUGUGCGAGACAUUCUAAGUUAUCAUCCCAAUACAGGAUACAAGAUGAUGUUGGGCUACUUGAAUGCUCGAGGUAUUCACAUCCAAAGAAGACGAGUGCAAGAAGCAAUGCGCCGUGUGGACCAGCAGGGAAUUUUGAUGCGCACAUUCCAGCUUCAAACUGUUCAGCGUAGAAGAUACUCUGUUCCAGCAGUUUGUGGCACAUAGAUGGUAACCAUAAACUUAUAAGGUCAGACUUACUUGUUUGAUCAAACAAGAACAAUACUUAAGAUACUUCCUGGACAAAGAGAAAUAACUUCUGUAUUAAAAUAAAUAGACUAGAGAAAUUCUGGAGUGAUGGAUUAGUGUCAGAGGGGUAACAAGUUAAAUCAUCAUAAAUCAAGCGUAAAAAAUUUCCCUGUGCUAUAGCAACCAUCUCACAUAAAACUGUUUUGGUCAAGAAAACGAAGUCACUCUGCUUCUGAAGCGUCAAACGUAUUGUUUGUAUGAAGCAUUUAAAAUAAUUUAUAAUAAUACAUUGUAUUCAUGUAUGUUCAUAAAAAUGGUUUCAUAAAAAUGCUUUGAGCGG